AUCAAGAAUCAUGAAAUUAUAAUACGUUGACGUUAUGAUACGAAACAAUAUGCUUGCUUUUCUCAUCCUCAACUCCUAUAAAAAGAGGAAAUGCCUAAGCUAAUUCCAUAACUCAAUACAAUUCCAAUAUUUCAACAACAUAUUCACAUUUCAAUUAUUCAAAAAGGAAAAUGGCGUCAUAUGCCCACAAUGUUGUGGGACUUGGGAUUUUCUUGGUAAUGCUUGUGGCAAUAGUAGAGGCCACUCCUCCUGGAAUAGCCUACCAUCCAAGCCAUUCUCAUUGCUCUGAUGAUGAGAUCAAACAAUGCAAAAAUCUUCCACAUGUUUGUCCCAAAUUCUGUCCCAAUGGUUGCAUAACUGAGUGUCGUUCUUGUAAGCCUAUUUGCAUUAAUGGCCCACCUCCACCUCCAUAUUCCCCUCCUCCAUCAAAAUCACCUCCCCCUCCUUCUUCCCCUCCUCCAUCAAAAUCACCUCCUCCUCCUUCUUCCCCUCCUCCAUCAACAUCACCUCCCCCUCCCUCUUCCCCUCUUCCAUCAACAUCUCCAAAGAAGUGCAAGUGCAAGAACAAGAAGUACCCGAGUUGUUAUAAUCAAGAACAUACGUGCCCUAGUUCUUGUCCUAGUACUUGUCAAGUUGAUUGUGUCUCUUGCAAACCUGUUUGCAGUUGUGACAAGCCGGGAGCAGUUUGCCAAGAUCCACGUUUCAUUGGUGCAGAUGGAAUUACCUUCUACUUCCACGGCAAGAAGGAUAAAGAUUUUUGCCUAGUCUCAGACUCUGACUUCCACAUCAAUGCCCACUUUAUAGGAAAACGAAAUGAGAACAUGAAAAGAGAUUUCACCUGGGUUCAAGCCAUCGGUAUCCUUUAUGGUACUCACAAGAUCUCUGUUGGAGCACAAAAAACAGCAACAUGGGAUGAUGCCAUCGACCGCCUUUUCCUCAACUUUAAUGGUGAAACUAUUGCGCUCCCCGACUACGAAAGCGCAAGGUGGCAGUCUGAAACUGGACCAAUAGCCUCCAUCACUCGAACCAGCGACACCAAUGAAGUUAUAAUCGAAGUUGAAAAUAUUUUCAAGAUUACAGCAAAGGUGGUGCCUAUUACGGAGAAAGAAUCCAGAGUUCAUAACUAUGGCAUGACACAAGAUGAUUGUUUGGCACAUCUUGAACUUGGGUUCAAAUUUUUCUCACUCAGUGAUGAAGUAAGUGGUGUUUUGGGCCAAACUUAUAGAAGGAACUAUGUGAGCAGAGCGAAGAUGGGUGUUUUGAUGCCUGUAAUGGGAGGUGACAAAGAAUUUUCAGCUUCAACACUCUUUGAUGCUGAUUGCUCAGUCACUAAGUUUCAAACACCAAAAUCCGAGAAUGAGGGUUCGUUGAAUUUGGAGUUGCCUAGCUUGAGAUGCAAAAGCGGGAUUUCUGGGCGUGGAUUUGUCUGCAAACGUUAAAAUUUCUUGAUUAACAUUAAUUGUAUAAGUGAAUAAAGAGUUCACUAGAAAAUAAGGUUAAUUAUAAACCAAGGGAAUGUAUUAAAACCUAUGCUCAAUGAAAAAAGUGUAUUAAAGUUGGGCGAAAAAGAUUUACUUAUAUUUAACUUCUUUUCGAAUAAUAAGAUCAUUGCUUUUCUCUUUUAUUUCAAACUAGUUAAUUUGCCCGCGCUUUGCGCGGUUGUGAAAAGAAUAAAAUAAUCAUUAGUGUAAACAAAUUUUGUAAGGAAAAUCAAUAUAAUGGUGGU